AUGUUUGACACCAUGGACUCUCCCUCUUACUGCCUUCUCCUUGCAGGUCUAUCUUUAUACUUUGAAGAUGGACAUGAUGAUCUGGAUGAUUUUGGAUUUGAUGACUAUGGUUCAGAGUGUGACGGCAUCCGCAUCACAGCCUUCCUCGAUGCAGGACAAGACAACCUAACUCCUCUUGGGAGGCUAGAAAAGUAUGCCUUCAGUGAGAAUGUCUUCAAUAGGCAGAUCGUGGCUCGCGGCCUGCUUGAUGUGCUUCGAGAGUUCAGUGACAAUGAAAAUGACUUUAUCAGUGUCAUGGAGACAGUUUCCAGAAUGUCAGAAGAUGGAGAGCCCACAGUGCGAGCCGAACUGAUGGAGCAGGUCCCCAACAUUGCCAUGUUCUUGCACGAGAGUCGGCCCAACUUCCCAGCAGCUUUCUCAAGAUACUUGGUCCCCAUUGUCGUGCGAUAUCUCACUGAUCCAAAUAACCAGGUGCGGAAGACCAGCCAGGCGGCGCUGCUCGUUCUGUUGGAGCAGGGCCUCAUCUCUAAAGCUGAUAUGGAGACCAAAGUCUGUCCAGUUCUACUCGACCUCACAGAACCCAGCAGUGAUGAUGACUACAAAAUCGAGGCAGUCUCUAUGAUGUGUAAAGUCGUCACCAUGCUGAGCAAAGACACAGUGGAGCAUCUCCUGCUGCCGCGGUUCUGUGACCUGUGCAGCGACGCCAGGCUCUUUCAAGUCCGCAAGGUCUGUGCUGCAAAUUUCGGAGAGUUUUGUUCUAUUGUCGGUCAGGAGGCCACAGAAAAACUACUGAUGCCCAAGUUCUUCGAUCUGUGCUCGGACAGUCUGUGGGGCAUCAGGAAAGCCUGUGCCGAGUGCUUCAUGAUGGUCUCCAAUUGUACCUCUCCAGAGGUGCGACGUGCAAAACUGUCCCCCCUGUUCAUCAGCCUCAUCAGUGACCAGUCUCGCUGGGUGCGACAGGCUGCUUUUCAGUCCCUGGGGCGUUUCAUCUCCACCUUCGCCAACCCGUGCAGCACAGGCCUUCACUUCAGAGGGGAUGGCGGCCGACUCGAGGUCCCCAGGUGUACAUUGGCCAGCGACUGCUCCCUAAACUCUCUGAACUGCUCCGAGAUUAACGUCCGCCACGCGGGAAGAACCAUCGCUCACACGCCUCCCAACCAGGACGGCCGCGCCACCCCGUCCCCAGAGCACGUGUCGACAGCCGACGGCGAGGACACGCGCAGCUUUGACGACCACUACACUUCGGUUCCCCGAGAGAUGCGCGGCGGCGGCGGCUUCGCCCGCCCGCUCUCCAACAGCAACGCUAGCCCUACGACCACAAACAAUGCUCGGAACACAAAAGACACGGAGCACAGAGACGAGAACUUUAAUUCCUUUAACUAUUGGAGAUCUCCUUUACCAGACAUAAGUGGGGACCUGGAAAUGUUAAAUAGUGAUGAAUCGGAGGAGAUGAUGGAGCAGAAGGAAAGGAAAGAGGAGGAACUCGAUUUCCCUGAUUCCAAGUCCAGCCCUGGCAAAGCGACCAGUGACCAGAUCCAGAAGGUCUUGGACUGUUUGCAACCGCACAUUGAUGACCCGGAUGUACAAGCUCAAGUCCAGGUGUUGUCAGCCGCUCUGAAGGCAGCCCAGCUCGACAGCACAGACGACGACGACGACGACGGCGUCGAGAGCCCGUCUGUGGAGGUCACAUCUGUGGAGGUUCAGUCUGCGAGUGAAGAGAGUCCCACAGAAGAGGAGCCAACGAUGAAGCCUCCUGCAGCCUCGGAGUCCAGCCCUGUCCAGGAGCAAGGGGACGAGGAGACGCAGACGGAGGACCAGGAAGAGUCUCCUCCCGACUCGCCUAUUCUGGAGUCUGAACUGAUUGAGAGUGUGGAGGAGGAGGAAGAGGAGGAGGAGGAGGACGACGAGGAAAAGGAAGGAAAGGAAGACUCUGCUCACAGCCCCGUGUUUGAGGAUAAGCCCAAGAUCCAGAACGUCAUUCCCCAGCAGCUGUUGGACCAGUACCUCUCUAUGACGGACCCGGCCCGAGCGCAGACAGUGGAUACAGAAAUAGCCAAACACUGUGCCUUCAGCCUGCCGGGGGUAGCGCUCACUCUGGGACGGCAGAACUGGCACUGCCUCAAGGACACGUAUGAAACCCUCGCUACCGAUGUGCAGUGGAAGGUGCGGCGUACGCUGGCGUUCUCCAUCCACGAGCUGGCGGUCAUCCUGGGCGACCAGCUGACCGCAGCCGACCUGGUGCCCAUCUUCAACGGCUUCCUCAAAGACCUGGACGAGGUCCGCAUCGGCGUGCUCAAACACCUCUACGACUUCCUCAAGCUGCUGCACGCAGACAAGAGGAGAGAGUAUCUCUACCAGCUGCAGGAGUUCAUGGUGACGGACAACAGUCGCAACUGGAGAUUCCGAUACGAGCUGUCAGAGCAGCUGAUCCUGAUCAUCGAGUUGUACAGCCACUACGACGUGUAUGACUACCUCAGACAGAUAGCACUCACUCUCUGCUCCGACAAGGUCUCCGAUGUCAGGUGGAUCUCGUACAAGCUGGUGGUGGAGAUCCUCCAGAAGCUGUAUGCGUGUGGAGCCGACGACCUGGGCCUGAACUUCAUCAACGAGCUCACCGUGAGGUUCUGCCACUGUCCCAAGUGGGUGGGGCGGCAGGCCUUCGCCUUCAUCUGCCAGGCCAUCGUGGAGGAGGACUGCAUGCCCAUGGAGCAGUUUGGGCAGCACCUCUUGCCCAGCCUGCUCAGCCUCUCCUCAGACCCGGUGGCCAACGUCCGCGUGCUGGUGGCCAAGGCUCUGAGGCAGAGCGUCAUGGAGAAAGCUUACUUCAAGGAGCCCGGCUGUGCCUUCUCCGACGAGCUGGAGGAGACGGUGAUGGCCCUGCAGUCCGACAAGGACCGGGACGUCCGCUUCUUCGCCAGCCUGGACCCCGACCGAAGCUUGAUGGACACGGCUCCCUUGAUUUAGCCGCCGCUCCCGAGACCCAGCCCACCCGCCUGCCUGUCUACCUACCUGUCUGUGUGUGUGACUGACGAACAGUCGGCGUAACCCGCAACACCAGCACCUGACCGGAUCCCCGACCACUCGCCUGCUGGGCAGACCACUUGGGAAUCAUGUCAGAUGGUCAGAUUACGGUACAGAAGCACGAGCGUGUUCAAAAGGACACGAGCCAGACUCUGGUCGGGCGCUCCACGUCGCAUUCACAACACGGGAUGCAUACUUCUCAGUUUUCAGAAAAUGAGCAGGACUCAAGAGGUUUGCUGCUCCUCUGUAUUCAUGCCCGAACUUGCCCGCCCCUCUUCCACACUGACAUCGACUCGAUCCCUCCCCAAUCACAGACUUGUAAAACGUCAACGGGAUCUAUCUCUCCAAAGCUAAUUGUAAGCUUGAUUAUAAAAUUGCUGAAUUGAUUUUUUUUUUUUUUUUUUUUUUUUUUUUUAAAUGCUUCUUUUUGUGGAUUUCUUAACGAACAAGUGGGCGAGGCCCGCCUGACUCUGACAUGUGCACUAACUCAGGGGGACUCAUCUGAACCUAAACAGCAUUAUUACCUUACAUGAUAAGCAGCAGCAGCUCCUGGAUCCCUGGAGGGAAAAGAAAAAGAAAAAGAAACUAUCCAGCCGUCUGCGCAACACAAGCAGCCAAAUCAAGUAGCUCUGCUGGCGCCUCUCGCCUCCUCUGGACAGCCUCCGUUGUCUCGCCCUCUUCGGAGACGUCCUCUGGGUUGUCGUCCGGUUCCCUUCCUCUUCUUCUCUCUCUCUGCAUCUCUCCACCUGGUCUCCGCGGGCCACUGAAACCACUACUACUGCACAGAAGGACUAGUGAUUCUGCCACUCAGCGUAACUCUCGACUAAAACCGUAUCGAUACGUUUUUGUUGUUGUUGAAAGGACACCGUAACAAUCUGUUGAUUUCCCCCCCCCCAACACACUCCCCUCCCCUCCCCUUGUGUCUGUUUACCCAAAAAAAAUGUGACACAACACGUCUCCCAAAACGACAAGAGACAAAUAAAAUACCUCUGUUUGGAAACGA